AUGAAUAACUUACGUGAAACCAUCUCGAUACCUCUAGUAGUUAAUUUUUUUGCAGAAUUGCCAUGGGAGAUAUUCAUGUUGAAAGUUUUCUUUUGAGAUAGUCUUCAUUAUUGUGUUUUUGACAAAGCAUUUAUUGGCAUUUUGAGAAUUGAGGCCAGGAAGUUGAGUUUUUUCUUCCCAUCCCCUCAUAGUUUGGAGUGAUGAAGAUGGAUUUGAAAGUUCGACAGGUAAUCUAGUCCAGAUAUUGAUUCUUUUUACUUCGGUGUAGUAAUUACUGCUUUGAUGGGAGAAAUGUUAGAUCUCACUACUUGGAUCUGGCAGCAAAGUAAUAGAUAUUGGUUAUGGCUUAUGACCCUGCUGCCUCCAUACAGCUUUGGUGACGUCUGAAAGGAGGAAAAAAUCUAUUUGUUUGGCAUGGAAAGAGAUAUAAAUGAAAUUUGAGUGCAAUUCUCUUUUGAUUCUUAUGAAGUAGCAUGCUGAUGAGAAAGCUUCAAGAAAAGACUUGCAAAUAUUUCCUUUUAUGUUUUAUUGUUUGUUAAUGGUUUCUGAUAUGAUUCUCUAUAUCACCCACACUGAAAAUUCCUCUUCAGAUCUGUGCCUUCUGUGUUAAUUUUGAAGACAAACAUGAUGGAUUCAGAUCAUGAUAAGUGCUGGCCAAAAAAACAGAACUCCUCUGGAAGAAAUUUUGGUUCAAUGGCACCAUUGGGAUACAAGAAGAGCUACACUCUUUACUUUUAUGAUAGACAUUGAAAGUAGUUCUUUGUGCUCAAGGGUUCAUGUCUGUAGAUGUUGCAAAUGACUUUUGGGCAUUGAUGAUGCUUAUGCAUUAAAACUGCAGAAGAUUCAAGGUACAGGUUCUUGAUCAACAGAUAAGUAUGGUAAUGCUUUAGGUGUCCACUUCAUACCAUAUAGCUGCAUUUGAAUGCUGAUUGGGAGCUAACAUCAAAUUUCACUCAAAUUCAGAAUGGUUAUAAUCAAGUACAAUUAAGUGCGUGAGUGUGUGCUCCUGCGUUUUUGUAUUUGGCCUAGAGUACAAUUGACUAUGUUAUUCUGACAGGCAUGAGAGAAUAGUAUUAUAAUUAUAGUAAGAGUUAAUAAUAGUUUUACCACAAUUGCAGGGAUUGCCCAUUGCUGAAGGCAUUUCAUCACACAAUGAAAGAACAAAACAAUGUUCAUGAAACAAAUUGAAGUAGUAAUGCGCAAUGUGGAAUUCAAAGGCCAGAACUGAACAGCGCCCCCAAUGGUAUUGGCCGGCAACCAAGAGGUUCCAGCAAUGAAAGUUGUUAUAUGUGAAUUUUGAUGCUUCAGUUGAACCAUUCAUUCCUUGAUAGAUGGCUAGGUCAAUUCACACUUCAGCUCAUGGUAACCACCGGACCAAUAUUCUUAUACACUCUACAGUAGAGAGUGUUUAGAGUGAUGUGACCAUCCUAUUCUAACUGGCCACCUGGAUGCGCUAUGGUACGUGAAUAUUGCUUCCAUAGCCAUUUUGAGAAUGUUUGAAGCUAAUCACUGGUUCAAGGUCCAAGUGCAGCCACUACCCAUGAACUGUUGAUAAAAAAAUACCAGGUAAUUUUGCAGUAGUACGGUUUCAUAAGCUGGACAUAUUCGUUGCUUAAACAAAUACAACUGGGAUUAAUUCAUAUCCAUAUACAAGUUAUGGUUAGUGAGAAAAUGCAAUGAAAAUACUACUCUCUCUCUCUUUUGGAAUAAAAAUGUGUUUGUAUU